UGUGCACGGUCGUGCCCGCCCCCUCCAGAGAGUCACCUUGCUCCGGCUGUUGCUGCUGCUGGACCGGUGAGAGCAGGUGGACCGUCCGGCCCAGAGGCACACAGGGAGCGGGGAUCUGAACCGGCAUCUGGACCGGCAUCUGGACCGAGUUCUGAACCGGGAACUGAACCGGGAACUGCGGCUACUGACUGACAGGCACCAGCAUGGCGGAGGCUAAGCCCAAGACCUCUCCGAAGGCCAUUAAAUUCCUGUUCGGAGGCUUGGCCGGGAUGGGGGCCACGGUGUUCGUGCAGCCGUUGGACCUGGUGAAGAACAGGAUGCAGCUGAGCGGUCAGGGCACGAAGGCCAGAGAGUAUAAGACCAGCUUCCACGCUCUGUUCUCCAUCCUGAGGAACGAGGGCAUCGGAGGCAUCUACACCGGGCUCUCCGCGGGGCUGCUGCGCCAGGCCACCUACACCACCACCCGUCUGGGAAUCUACACCAUCCUGUUUGAGAAGAUGACUGGAGAGGACGGCCGACCCCCAAACUUCCUACUGAAGGCUGCCAUCGGAAUGACGGCCGGAGCCACCGGAGCCUUUGUCGGGACUCCAGCAGAAGUGGCGCUGAUCAGAAUGACGGCGGACGGACGUCUUCCUGCAGACCAGAGGAGAGGCUACACCAACGUCUUCAACGCCCUGGCUCGGAUCACCAGGGAGGAGGGGGUCACCACUCUGUGGAGGGGGUGUGUUCCCACCAUGGCUCGGGCGGUGGUGGUGAACGCAGCUCAGCUGGCCUCCUACUCUCAGUCCAAACAGGCUCUGCUGGACUCAGGCUACUUUGGGGAUGACAUCCUGUGCCACUUCUGUGCCAGCAUGAUCAGUGGUCUGGUUACCACGGCAGCGUCCAUGCCCGUGGACAUCGUGAAGACCAGGAUCCAGAACAUGAGGAUGAUCGACGGGAAGCCAGAGUACAAGAACGGUUUGGAGGUGCUGGUGCGCGUGGUGAGCAACGAGGGCUUCUUCUCUCUGUGGAAAGGCUUCACGCCGUACUACGCUCGGCUCGGGCCCCACACCGUCCUCACCUUCAUCUUCCUGGAGCAGAUGAACCGCCUCUACAAGACCUACGUGCUGGACGCCUAGCGCCCCCCGCAGGGAGCUCAGUGUUAACACCGGCCCGUACCACGUCACUCUGACCCCCCUCCCACCCCGGCGUGGUACGCUCCAACUCGCCCUUUCAAAUUCUUUUUUGUAAAGAAAAGAAUGUAAAAUAAACAUAGUGAACCAUGAGUGUUAUUUUUAGUUUUAUUUUAUUGUGAAGGCACGCGGCUCCGGGGCCUCACGAACGCUGCUGGAGGAAUAAACAGAUCUGAGACUCA